GCAGCAAUGAACAAAUUAAGGAACCACAUGUUAUAAAUGCAUCGGACAGUGAUUUUUUGGAAGAUGGAAUGGACGAAGUUAGCUCGAUUCCUUUUGAAUCACCAGGUGGUGGUAUGUAUUGGAAACCUCGGGUUGAAGCCGAAUUUAAACCUUAUCUAAACCAAAGCUUCCGAUCACUAGAGGAUGGUAUAGAGUUUUACCGAGAGUAUGGACGUAAAAGUGGGUUUGAGAUCAGACGGCAUACAGAGAAGAAACAUGAGGACGGUACAGUUCUUCUUAAACACAUUGUUUGCAGUAGAGCUGGCAGCAAUGAAUCAAAGAUGGAUGUUGAUUUUGAUGAUUUUAGUAGCAGUUUGAAAAAGAGAAGGAGAACUGUAUCUAGUAGAUGUGGUUGCAAAGCUAAAGUCGUGUUUAAGUUUGAUGGUUUGAAAGGAUAUAAUGUUCUCUCAUUUGUUGAAGAGCAUUCUCAUUUUUUGGUCUCCGGUAGUGGGAAACAAUUUUUGAAGUCAAAUAGAGUUCUCGGUCUCGCACAUAAGAAACUUGUAUUUGAUGGAGCAAAAGCCAACAUGGGGCCUAACAAAACAUAUAACUUUGCUAAGGAGUUGUGUGGAAGUUAUUCUAAUGUUGGUGCUACCUGUACCGAGUUUAAAAAUUGGAGUAGGGAUGUGAAGCUUUAUAUUGGUGAUCGAGAUGCUCAAAUGAUCAUCGAGAAGUUCACGGAUAAGAAGGAGAUGAGUGAUGGAUUUUUCUAUGAUUAUGCAGUUGAUGAAGGCGGUCGAUUAACUCGCAUCUUUUGGGCAGAUGUUAUUGGGCGAAGAAAUUACGAUGUAUUUGGAGAUGUGAUAUCAUUUGACUCUACAUAUUCCACAAACAAGUACAACAUGAAGUUUGUUCCAUUUACUGGUCUCGACAAUUAUAAGAAGUGUGUUGUAUUUGCAGCAGGAUUGAUAGCUAAAGAGGACAUUGAUAACUAUGUAUGGAUUUUUGAGGUAUUCAUGAAAUGCAUGAUUCGCGAGCCAAAGUGUAUUGUUACAGAUCAGUGCCCUGCCAUGAAGCAAGCUAUACCAACCGUCUUUACAGAAGCACGUCACCGUUUGUGCAUGUGGCACAUCAUGAAGAAAUUUAACCAAAAGUUGGCAAAAUGCAUUUCGAAGAUGGAUGAUUUCAAGAGGAAAAUAAAUGCACUGAUUUGGAGUAUAGAUAUAGAUCCAGCAACAUUUGAAGUCGGUUGGAAAGAUGUUAUGAAAGAAUAUAAGCUUGAAAGUCAUGAAUG